GCGGGCGUCGCGGCGGGGCUGUGGGCAGGCUUCGGCGCGCUGAUGCGCUUGCGCGGGUCUAGAUCCUCGGCCCUUUGGGGAGCGUGGAGAUGGCGGCGGUUGGGGGACGUUCGCCGGAGCCGGCGGCUUCAGAACAGCCGGCGGAGCUCCCUGCAUCGGUGCGGGCGAGCAUAGAGCGGAAGCGGCAGCGGGCGCUGAUGCUGCGCCAGGCCCGGCUGGCCGCCCGGCCCUACCCGGCGACGGCGGCUGCGGCUACCGGAGGCGUGGCUAAUGUAAAAGCAGCCCCAAAGAUCACCGACACAGGAGGAGGCUUCAUUCUAGAAGAGGAAGAAGAGGAACAAUGUACAAUUGGAAAAGUUGUCCAUCAACCAGGACCUGUUAUGGAAUUUGAUUAUGCGAUAUGUGAAGAAUGUGGUAAAGAAUUUAUGGAUUCUUACCUUAUGAACCACUUUGAUUUGGCAACUUGUGACAACUGCAGAGAUGCUGAUGAUAAACACAAGCUCAUAACUAAAACAGAAGCCAAACAAGAAUACCUUCUGAAAGACUGUGAUUUAGAAAAAAGAGAACCAGCUCUUAAAUUCAUUGUGAAGAAGAAUCCUCAUCAUUCACAAUGGGGUGAUAUGAAACUCUACUUAAAAUUGCAGAUUGUGAAGCGGUCUCUUGAAGUUUGGGGCAGUCAGGAAGCAUUAGAAGAAGCAAAGGAAGUUCGACAAGAAAACCGAGAAAAAAUGAGACAGAAAAAGUUUGAUAAGAAAGUAAAAGAAUUACGGCGAGCGGUGAGAAGCAGCGUGUGGAAAAGGGAAACAGUUGCUCAUCAGCAUGAGUAUGGACCAGAAGAAAGCCUAGAGGAGGAUACGUACCGGAAGACUUGUACCAUGUGUGGCCACGAGCUGACCUAUGAGAAAAUGUGACUCGUAAAGUGUAACGUUGCCACAGAUGAACGGGACACUCCUAUAAAUCAUGCUUCAGGAAGAAAUUUGUAUGUUGUGGCUUAAAAGCAAGUUUCAGUAAGGGUCCAGCAGGUCUGGUUGUAGGCAUAAUACUGGGUCUGGGAUUGCUUUUUUCUACAACAGGGAUGGGAGCCAAGGGGUGGAGUAGGUUCAGAAGUUAGGUUAAAGCCAAAAUUGAGAAAUAAGAAACCAAGCCAAACCCUAUAUUGGAACAGGAGGAAGAGCUUUUAAUAAUGGCAGAAGCUGGCUGAACAGGAUCCUUCUCCCAGAAAUAACGGACGGUGGUAGAUCCUGAACCCAAGGCUGGCCGGGUCUUCUAUACCCUGUCUCCACAUAAGGGAGCUGGGGAGCUGUUGUUGGAUAAGCCCUGAUUCCCAGCAGGAAGUGAGUUGUGGGAGUCUGAUCAUGUUUCCUGUAUCCUUGGGGUUUACCACCAUAGGCCUUAACGUCCUUGUCUAGGUAGCCCUUUUCAAAUCCAGAUUCAAAUGGAAAAACAGCCAUAUUGUUUUACUGAUCAAAGAAGGUACUGUUAGUAAGUUUAUCAUAACUUGCUAACAUUUUACUGAGCAUUUACCAUGGGCCGGGCAGGGAUGAUGCCAAGUGGCUUACAGGUAUUCUCCUGUAAUCCUGGGAUGGAAGAGAACUUCUCUGUUUAUUUAGCACUUCUAAAGGAAGUGAUCACCUACAACCCACCAUCACCCCAGACAUAUGGAUCAAGUUUACCCAUUUAGUUCUGCCUCUGUCUUAUCAAAAGGCUUACAAGGUAGUUAUACUAAUAAGAGGAUUUGAUCCAAAUGUGCCUGAUUACAGGGUUUGUGCUUUUUUCUUACAAAAACAUUCAGGUUAAGAUAAACCGCAUGUUUUCAAAUUGUUCUUUGACCUGGCUUUUUUAGUCCUGUUGCUACAAACAGAGAAAUAGGAUGUUCAAGUACAGCUUGAGGACAAGAGUACUGAGGGAUCCAGGCAGCUGACAACAGCAUUACUGCAUGGGAGAUAUAGAGCCCUUGAGCCACAUGGACCUAGGUUCCAAUUCCAUUUUUUAGCUGUGGCCUUGGGUAAGGAACAUCCUAUUUCCUUUCUAGAUCAGAUCUUGCAGAUUAUACUUGAAGAAAGGCAAGUCUGAACAAGUCCAACCCAAAUAGGCUUAAGACUGUAAUUAUUAAUUGUUCUCUAUACAAGUAUCCAAUAUAGAAAUGUUUUAUAUAAAUAUUUAAAAGUUUAAUGUAUUAGUCAAGUUUUUUUUUUUUUUUUUAAAUGUGCCAAUUAUUCAUUCAGUAAAAACUGGACAGUGGGCAGCAAGACCUUCCUGGGACCAUAAAAAGCUUCCAGCUUGAGGACAAGAGUACUGAGGGAUCCAGGCAGCUGACAACAGCAUUACUGCAUGGGAGAUAUAGAGCCCUUGAGCCACAUGGACCUAGGUUCCAAUUCCAUUUUUUAGCUGUGGGCCUUGGGUAAGUUACUCUGUGGGCCUGUUUCUAUCUGUCGGAUGGGCAUGAUCCUCUCAGGACUGUUUGAGGAUUACAUAUGGCAGAUCUGUAGCACAUGGCAUCUAACAGCCACUUGUUAAUGAGCACAUUAAUAUAUAGUAUAUAGUAUAUAGUUCCCAAUUUGUCUAGUUUCUUACAUCUUUGAAAUUCGGUCUGUAGUUUUCCCUAAAGGUAGCUGCCAGACUGUGAGCGGGGUCACAUCAGUGCAUUCUUGACAUGAAGAGAGGAUCCAAGAAAUUCCUCUAGAAUUCGGAUCAAGCAAGUAUAAUUAGUCAAACUCUGCAAUACAUUGUGAAAGAUUUAUAAGUCAGUUUAGGGUCAUAGUUCCCAAAGCCUUAAAGGGUCAUCCUUUUGGCUUCUUGAGGACAAGAGCCAUGUCUAACUGAAUACUGUUUGUGGGAAGGAGGAACAGUAUAACCAAAAGAAUAUUUAGCCAAGAGCCUGGGUUUUAGACUCCUUUCGGCUGGUAACCUGCCAUGCACCCUUAAUUCUGUGAACAAUCCUUGUUUUGCAUGGUAUGGUUAUUUAAAAAUCCUAGGAGUUCCCAUCUCUUGACUAUAUUCUGUAGUCACCAAAUGAAGGGUACUCCAAAGGGACCAUGUAACAAUAUGAAAAAUACUAAUACAGCAUAAAUUUAUGACAUAAAUAAGUGAAAGAUACCUAUGUUGUACAGAGAAAUACUACUUAUCAGUUGUGGGGUUGUUGAUAAAUUUUUCCUCAGGUUUAAUGAAGGCUUAUUAAAACGCUAGAAAUUUGCAAUGUCAGAUAAUUCCCUAUUUUGCAUAUUUUACAUGUGUACUCAUUUAUUAUCUUAGUUAAGCUUUAAUACCAUGUAAGAAACUGGCUCAAGAAUUAGUAACUCCUUGGACUUAAAUUCUAUAGAAACAAAGUCCAUACCUACAGUACAGUUUUAGCCAAUCCAAACUAGCUACUUCUAUUUCCACUUUAGCAUGUACUUCAUAAUUGGACCUUGGACAAAUCUGUCUCAGAGAACAGAGGAAAUGACCGGACAGCUCUAAGGUAAUGGUUCCCAAACUUGUCCACACACUGGCAAUCACCCGGGAUCACCGGGGGAGCCUUAAGAACUACGGCUGUGUCCCCCGCCUCCCUGUGGUUUAACUUAGAAAAUAACUUUAAAGACUCUCAGGUGACUUAUAUUCAAACAGAUUUGGGUUAUAACACUUAAUAUGUGUAACAUUUUAAAACACUAAGAUCUGAAGAGAGAAUUCUGAAUGAGGGAAGAAUUGUGAAUGAGGAAAUCACCAAUCUUAAAGUAGAUUGAGAUGAUAAAUCAUGAAAUACCAAAGUUUAAAAAACAUUUUUAGUUUUAUUUCAGCCAUGUUAGGUUAUCCAUGAGCUGUGAAAAGCUAUGCUACUUGAUAGUAAACCCACCAGUUCUAUAUACUACUUUGUAAGCUGGACCUCUAGUGUUCACAUACCUCAAAUCGCUUAUCUUUUGUGCCUUAAGGAGAAAAAAAUACCAGAACAGUUGUAUCUGUCACAGAUAUAAUACAUCCUAUGGUCAUCGUCACAUUGUCAGUAGGGAGUAUUUGCCUUGUAGGGCCAAUUAAAGGUAAUCAAUUCUCUAUUCUUCACUGUCCUCCUCCCCCCUUUAGUAAGUGAAAGGGUGCUACAAGAAAGCAAGCAUUCAAACCAUCAAAAAUAAGACAAAUUAUUUUGAGAUAUUUAAAAAAAAAUCUUGACAGGGGAGUAAAAUGACCCUUAGGCCUGUAGGGCACAGAACUGCUGGAACACAGCCAGGAUAUGAGGGUCUAAUUCGGCGGUGAAGAGCAGGUUCUCCAGGGUCACCAUGUACUGCUGGAUUAUUUGGUGAUGCUGUGGAUGUAAAAAAGGGGGUGUUUAGAUCAGGAGAAAGACCGCAUAAGCAAUCUCGCAGGACGUUUCCCUCAGCAGCCUGCCCACGUUGUGGAAUGAUGGGAAGCGUUUGGGGAAAAAAGUGGUUAUGCUUGAUAGGAAGAGUGGGCUCCUGAAAAGCCCCAACAUUAA